UUUGCGUUCGCUUCUUCCAAGUAACUAACUUCAAUGUGUACAAACUUUAAACAGCAGAUAAACACUGUUAAUACAUAUUGAGGGACAGGGAGAAGUGAGAUAGAGAAUAUAACGUCACUCACAACGCACACAAAAUUUGCACAAUUUGCCAACCGGAUGAACAGGUUUGGAUGUUUCGUCUGCACGUCAGGGUUGCGAAUUUCAGCUCUGUAUUUCUUUCGAUUCAGUCGAAUCGAUCAUUACUCAUUUCUCAUUGGAUGACAGCUGAAUCCUCUACUACAGUAUGUGUGUAUUAUGAACAUAAAUUGAACUUAUCAUGUUUGAUAUCAAAUCCACCUGCAUUUAGAGAAUGAUCUAAUUUUAAACAAAAGGAAGAGAAUAUGUUUUGUCACUCCUCCCCUGCUUACCGUUCUCCAUGACCACAAAAUGCCAAAGUACAUAACAGAGAAAAGCUUGUUUCCUUGGCAGAUUCCAAGGUGUGUUGUCUCUGCAGAGCACUGAAGAAAAGCACCUGAAGUCUUGACAGACAAUCUGAAGACAUUAUGGCGGAUUCAUUUGAGAAAUCAAGGUUGAUACAGCCUGCCGGACCACCACCGUACCAGGAGCCCACUCAGUACCCAUAUGCUGGAUACCCUCCGCCAGGAAACUAUCCCAGCACUUCUGGGUAUCAGGGUCAUCAAUAUGGAGCUGCAUUGGGCCCAUGCAACCAAGAGCCUUAUCCAGGAUGUCCGGCCGUCACCGUCCAGCCGGCGGUUUACGUGGCAUCUGUUCAACUGGUCAGUGCACCGCCGGAUUUCCUGGGUUACUCCAUCUUUACCAUGCUGUUCUGCUGUUUACCUCUGGGCAUUGCUGCACUUGUUUACUCCUGCACUACUCGCGAAGCUGUCAUGUCCGGAGACAGAGAAAUGGCAGUGAAUAAUUCCAGAAUGGCUUACAUCCUAAACAAUAUCGCUCUUGGUAUCGGCCUCGCAACCAUUACCGUCUGCAUCAUUGUUGGCGUUGAACUAUCUAAUAAGUCUCACCAUUAUCCAUAAUUAUUGCAGUAGGACAGCAGUAAAUUGAUUAAUAUUAUAAUUGUACACAAAUGGUUCAAAGGUGAACACACGUUUUGGUUAUUAUUUUAAAUCUGCUUAUUGUUGCUUAGAUUAUAGUUUUGACACUUUUAAACUUUACAUUGGUGAACUGUUUCUUCUGAUAUGGCUUGUUUACCACAAAGGUACUGUAUCUAUGUGGAUUUUGUUCCUGACUUUUAAUUUUCUAUUAAAACUCUGAGCCACUGAAAAUGAAGUUGGUUAUUAUGUAGCAUAAUUGUUCUAGCCUUUUUUCUUUCUAAGACUCAACCCAAGUUGACCCACUGCGUUUCUCAUGCACUAAAUUCAGAUACUCAAAACAGUCACAAAUAAGUUUUGAGUAGAUUUUGAAGACCACAUACCUGUGCUUUUUCUGCCUCAGUGAAAGAUCAACGUGGCUGUUUGACAUGAUGAUGGAUUUGUCAGAAAGGUUCAAAGUCACAUGUCGCAUUCCUGUGUGUUUAUCUUGUAAACUUGACUUUUGUUCCCAGAGCCUCAGUAAAAAAUCUCUGUUCUUUACUUACCAGAAAUGAUGUAGAAGCCAUCCAGUUAGAUCAAAGCUGUGUGAAAGUCAGAUGAGAGGUGAAAGUUACGUCCUAAGGGGGCCCACCAGAUUGGAUAUUUUUACAUACUAUUUUAGCAAUUGAGGACAAGCUUUCCUGGUUUUGCCAAGUGAUGUUAUUGGGUCAAUUUCGUUAUUUAGCCUACUCUGGGAAAACUUUCCAACCAACCAAUAAGACUGGAGUGAUAAGCUUACAGUUCAUGUAAAGUUUUACGCUGAUUUAAGGAAUAAGUUAUGAUUUGAGUUUGCGUAAUGUGGAUAACGUUUUUCUCUUAUUAGGUAAAUUCAGGUUGAGAGUAUGACAUUUGCAGCAACCACAUUUUCAAACAUUACAAAAGUGCACACAUUUUGGGGACUUUCCAUAGACGUAAUGAUUUUUCUUCUAUACAGACUGUAUGCCCUAACCCUAUCACUAAACCUAACCAUAACAGAAAACAUUUAGCAAUUUUACAUUUACAAAUAAACAUCAUUUGAAUCCCCUCAAUGUAAGUGGUUAAGACUUUUUCAAUCAUUGUGGGAACAUUUGGUGACACACAUUUGGUGGCACACAGCACAGGGGACACAAUGGUGUCACUAAGAUUCACCUGCACUGUUGUUGCAAAUAUCUACUACACUUCAGUUUCUCUUCAUUUAUUUGUCCACCCAACCCAGUCUCCCUUUUCCUUUCACCCUUGAACUUCAGUGGCCAUUAACUAAUGUUCAAUAACGUUCCUGUGAUUCCAGAGCUUCCUUAUUUUGAACUUUGCAGUAUUUUAACUUUUUACUGUACAUUUGCAAUGCUUACAUUCAUUUAAAUGUGUGUUUAGUAUUACUCAAUUGCUGUACUUUGACUCCCAUUUAAUGAUAUGCUGAACACAUUUUAAACAGUAACCAUAGAUCACAGUUUUUAUGUUAAUACAUCUAAUUGUUUCUUUGGUAUUGUAACCAAAUUUCAUGUUACUCCUCCCCUACGAGCUACACUCCUCCCAUUCGCCUCCCUCCAAUGUAGACAUCGCUGUAUGGUGCGAAAGUCUGAGACAGAAAAGCCUGAACCAGAGGACAGCGAGGACACAAAAGAACAGAAAGCAAAAGGGUGCAAGAAAAGGGCAUUACAAAAUCCAGCAGAAUAAUGGAUCCCAGUAAGUCAUCACCUCCUCAAUAUGCACCCCAACAAUACGCUCAAGGUGGCCAGCUAAUUUCUCAGGCCCAGUACAGCCAAGUGUCUUAUCCAGGACAGGUUCCGGUCACUGUACAGCCGAUGGUUUAUGUGAGCCCGACUCCACUGGCCCGUCCAAUGCCGGAUUACAUGUGUUACUCCAUCUUUACCCUAUUGUGCUGCUGUUUACCUCUGGGCAUUGCUGCACUGGUUAACUCCGUCACUACUCGAACUGCUAAUAUGUCUGGACAACACCAGUUGGCAGAGAAAAGCUCCAGAAAGGCACGCAACUAUAACCAUGCUGCUCUCAUCAUCGGCAUCAUCAUUCUUGUGUUGUAUUUGGUCUACAUCUUUGUUCUGCAAGACCGUCUGCAUCAAUAGAGAUGAGACAUUUUUUGUUUUAAUUACAUUCUGAGUUACAACUACGUGACCAAAAUAUACUUAAAUAUACUAAAUGUACUUACUUCUCAGUACUUUCUCAUGAGAUUUAAUCGUAAAAUUGGCUUAUUUUGUGUACUGUUACACUUUCCUGUCCUAGACCAUUUAUCCUAUAGAAUUGUGUAUGUAGGCUACUGUGCCUUUUUAAUCAAGAAAAAUAAUAAAAUGAUUUAUGAAACCAUAAUCACGUUUUUCGGUUUGAAAGUAUUCUUAUAUUUUUAAAAGUACAGUACAAGUAAAAUUUAGUUCAAUUUGUCCAACCAGAAGUAAAUCUUUUAUUUUUAAGUCUUCUAUUAUAACUCAUAUUUUUAAACAAAUGAAGGUGAAUGGUGACUGCAGCUAUCAUUCUAUCUUGCCCAAUGUCUACUUUUGUGUUUUAUGGGAAAAGAACAUAUCAUACGGGUUUAUAAUAACACCCAAUAGUGACAUAAUUUUAAUUUUUGGAUGAACUAUCCACUGUUAAAAUGUUCACUUUACAAUUGGUAUCCACUUUGUGUACAAACCGCAGAAUCUUUCCUAUUAAAAUGUUCUCCUCCACUAAAAUAAUUUUGAUGUGACCAGUAGUUAAUUAUUAACAGCAUUAUCUCCUUUUAAAUUACACCUGUAGUCACACAAAAAUGUGACGGUUUAAAAUGAGAACUUGAUUCAGUUUAACUUUAGAAAACAAUAGAUAACAUCAUGCGAUUUUGUAUUUCAAGUUUUUCAGCUUCCCAUGAACGUCUUUCAGUUUUGUUUUUGUGUGUGUGCAAUGUUUCAUCAAUUAGCACAAUACAGAAUUAAAAUCAAGGAAGCCGAUAUUAAAAUGAUAUUAAAAUAAUUUUAUUGGUCAAUGAAGGUGAAGGACUUCAAAAUGAAAAUGUGUUUGAAUCCACAAAAAACAACACAUCUGUUCUCUUUACUUUUCUAAUAUUUUGUUUAGAUUAGAUAAUUAUCUAAUGUAAAACUUUACUGUUUUUUACCUCUGCUUCUGUCACGGUCCUACCUUCUUGUUUAUGAAUUCCUAGUCGUGUGGCAGGAUCGGGACAGAGCCCUUAGGUUUUAUGUGAGAAAACCAUGAGUUGUUUGUUUUUACUUCUCAUGUGUUUUCUCGUGUCUUGUCAUUGGCCCCGCCCCUCUCGUCUCAUGUAUUGCUUUCCUCCCGUGUCUAAUGUUCCCCACCUGCCCUCGUUAAUUAUCCUUCGUUUGUCUUUCCUUUAAAUAGCCCUCAUGUUUCAUUGUCUUGUGUUCGUGGAUUGCGUUUGUACCGUGUAUUGUGUUCCUGUCUAAAUCCCUAGUCAAAGUCAAAGUCAAUGUCAAGCCUGUGUAAGUCUGUGAGUUUGCGUUUCUAUAGUGUUGUUCUUUUACUCUGUCUCAGUUAUAUUUGUCCUGUCAGUUUUUUAUCUAGUUUUUGUUGGUUUGCCCCAUCGUGGGUUUUUGUUUUGUUUUUUUGGUAUUUAUAAAUAAAUAUAUUUUGUUAACCCCU